CGUCAUAAAAGUAUAGGUUAAGUUCAUUUUUGGCAACAAACUGAAUUAUGCUUCUUUGAAAAGAAAUUCAAAUAUUUGAAUUAUGUCAAAGCUUUUACAAAAUAUUUAUAUAAUAUGAUGAGAGAUCUUUGUAAAUGUGUUUAGUGCUUUUGAAUAUUAUUGUCGUUUUUUUCGUUGUUGUGUGAUUAUAUGCAAAGAAUUAUUUUCUUUGUGAAUCAUAUCUCAUUUUAAAUGAUACAAAAAAUGUUAACGCGACACAAUAUAGUUACAGAAACUCCACAUAUGGAAACAAUACCUAUAAAUCUUGUUGCUACCGAAGAUGGUAGAACGCUUUUGGCAGUAACUGAACAUAAAGAUGGUAUGUUGGAAAUUGUUGCAACUCCAGUUAUGCUUGUUGAACAAAAUGAAACAACUUCAUCGUUGGUCGAUGUAAAAAAUCUAAAUGGAAAUUUAAUAUUGCAUUCGCCUGUUUUUCAAAUAAAUGUUGAAAAUAUUGUCAAUGACUCAGAAUUUCAGCAGGUAUCGCAAAAUUUUGAGGGCAAUUCUGAUAAUAUUGAUCGAAUGAAAUUAUAUAAAGAAGUAAAAGACAAAAAAGUAAUUUCUCAGGAAUAUCAGUCUCUUUCUAUGGAUGAUUCAUUAGCUGAUAAAAAAGAGGAAAAGAUUUGUAAACAAAAUACAGCAAAUGUAACUGUAAAAAAACAUAAUCUUGGAAGGCCUAAGAAAAAUAAAAUAAAUUUAGAAAAUUCGGAAAGUUUAACAUGCGAAAUUUGUCAUCAAAAAUUUGUUAAACAAACAUUAUAUCGAAAACAUAUGGAAAAUCAUGCAGAAGAGAAACCACAUCGGUGUCCAAAAUGUUCUGCAUCAUUCAAUGUACCGUCAAAUUUUACUUUACACAUGGCAACGCAUAAUACAGGUGAACCAAAAUGUCCAGAAUGUGGAAAAAAAUUUGCAAGAAUGGCCAGCUUGAAAUCUCAUAUGUUAUUACAUGAAAAAGAAGAAAAUUUAUUCUGUACAGAAUGUGAAGAUGCCUUCUCCACAAAAACUCAAUUGGAUGCACAUUUAAAACUUCAUGGGGAAAAAUGGGCAAUGGAGGAAAUGCGAAAAUGUAAAUUAUGUAAUAAACAAUUUAGUCAACCAGCUUUGUACAGGCUUCAUAUUCGUGAACAUUAUAGGUUGCAGACAAAAGUAGUGAAACAGACAAAAAAGGGAACAAAACACAAAACGAUGUAUAAGUGUACCAUAUGUUUGAAAUCUUUUCAAAAACCAAGUCAAUUAAUGCGGCAUAUUAGAGUGCAUACUGGUGAAAAACCCUUUAAAUGUACAGUAUGUGGUCGUGCAUUCACGCAAAAAAGUUCAUUGCAAAUUCAUACAUGGCAACAUAAUGGUAUUCGACCUCAUGCUUGUGAAUUUUGUAAUGCCAAAUUUAGUCAAAAAGGUAAUUUAAAUGCUCAUAUAAUGAGAGUUCAUAAUAUCCCAGAAGGAGAACCUAUAUAUAAAUGUAAUUAUUGUUCAUGUGUAUUUAAAAAGGUUGGUAGUUUAAAUAGUCACAUGAAACGUAUGCAUACCGACAUAAAUGAGGGAAAUGUGAACGAUGCUGUUAACGAUGAUACUUUCCCAACUGAUACCAUGGAGUCUGAUAUACGUGCAACCGUGGAUAACGUUAUUACACAAUUAGCAUCUUUGGAAUCUGAAACGCAUCAAACUACGGAAUCAUCAAAUUUCCAAUCUUGUUUAUUAUCAGAAAAUGUGUCGAAGAAAGAUAUACUGCAACAAGCAUUAAAAAAUAGUGGUUUAUCCAGUAAAAAUAAAAUUAUUUCCGAAAGUGUAUCAGAAGCAAAAAAAUUUGGAGCUCGUGUUAAUUUUGUCACAUUAUUGGAUCGAGCACCGGACGGUGAUACGAGAAAAUAUUUGACGAUAAAACAACGAUGCGUAGGAAAUGUAAGAUGGUACGCGUGUACUUUUUGUCACAAAGAAUUCAAGAAACCAUCAGAUCUGAUUCGUCAUUUGCGUGUUCAUACACAAGAAAAACCUUUUAAGGUAUAUAUAAUUAGUAUAUUUUUUAUUAUGAAAUAACAACAAUUAAUAAUUGAUGAAUUUCAAAUAUACACAUUUUAUAAUAGAUUACACGCAAAAUCUGAUAAUAAUAAGGAUUCCAAUAUGCAUAUCACAAUUGAUACUGAUAUUCAUUCUACUAAUCAAUCGAAAAUUCAAGUAAAAAAUAAAUCAAAAUUAUCACAAGAAGCAGAAACUCUAGUACCUCAAGUAAUUUUACAAGAACCGUUGCUAAUUAAUGAUGUGGGAAACAAAAUUUGUGUAGCACAAAUAUCUUCAAAAGAAAAACGUGCUUAUGACGGAACUAUCGAUCAAACCAGACCGCACAAGUGUUGGAUUUGUCAGGCAGCAUUCAGAAAGAUUAGUCAUUUAAAGCAGCAUCAUCGUCGUCAUACAGGAGAACGUCCGUAUAAAUGCACAAAAUGCGAUAGGAGAUUUACAUCGAAUAGCGUUUUAAAAUCACAUUUGCAUACUCAUGAGGAUUCGAGACCAUAUGGUUGUUCAAUUUGUAAUGCAAAAUUUUCAACGCAAAGCAGCAUGAAAAGACACAUGGUUACACACAGUAAUAAAAGACCGUUCAUGUGUCCAUAUUGUCACAAAACUUUUAAAACUUACGUCAAUUGUCGGAAACAUAUGAAAAUACAUAAACAUGAAUUGGUACAACGGCAACUGGAACAACAGAAAAUCAGAAUUCAAGAACAGUCUUCAGAUAAAUUGAAUUUAAAGGAAAAUUCUAAACAGGAAGCGGCUCUUGAAUCGUCUUGUUCCUCUUCUGUCUCUAUCACAACUAUUAAUUCCACCAUUACCACCAAUAUUGCUACCACUACUACUACUCCCGCUAUCGUCACAACAUCCUCUUCUACAUUUUCAGAUAAUCUUGUACUUUCUCGACUUGGAUCAGUUGAAUUAUCAUUUCAAUCACAACUUGGGUCAGAGUUUUCACAAACUUUUCCCGAGUUUCAAAACAUAAGUGAAGAAAAAGAAAAAAUAAGAGCAGUUUUACCAACAAAUUGCGAUGCUACAACAUUUAUUAAUCAGAACAUAUCGGGAAUAGCUGUAACGAGUCUUGAAAAUUCACAGAUAUUACACGCCGAUGAAGCUGGUUCAGUUACAUUGCCGAUUUAUUCCGGAGAUCAGACACUUACACCAGAAAGCAUACGGGAAAUAGAAGAAACAUUGAAUCAACAAUUUUUUAAUAUAGGAAUGAAUCUUAAUUUAGGGAGUAAUCAGACGAGACAUUCGAAUAAUACAAAUACGAAUGAUUUCGAUCAUAUGAAAGAACAACAGCCUGUAAUGAAUGUAAUAUAUGAAAAUAAUAAUAGCGAUAAUAGUAAUAGUAAUGUAGAAACAUCUAGAGAACAUGUUUUUUCGUCACAAUUAGAUUCAUUUGAGAUGGAUCAUAUUGCUUUGCAAUCGGACGCUGAAAUCGACAUCGGUUUAGAUACAAGAAAUUCAACUAAUAUGGCGAGUAUAUUGCCUAGAAAUAUGAAAAAUGAACAUGAACUUUCUGUUUGUGUUACGACAUCAGAUAAUACAAACGUUGAACAAACAGAGAGAUCUGGUAUGCAAGCAGUGGUAUUUGUUUCUCAGCAAAAUCUUCCUAGAAAAGAGGGGAUAGAAGAUAAAUUUGCAAUAGAAGAAACUCACAAGAGCAAUAUCAUCCAUAAGCAAUGUACAAUCAACCCGAUAUUCUUUACAGAAGAAUUUCGAGAAACAUCGCAAAAUUUCAAGACUCAACCGAAUACGCGUAGUUUGUCAUCCGAUGUUGCAGAAAUUAAAGUCGCUACGAGUAAAAUAUCUCGUGGGCAAUCUUUAUUACAAUGUCAUAUGUGUAACCAACAAGGAUUCACAACAAUUGCAUUAAAAGAACAUUUGACAAGCCAUCGUGGAACAAAAGAAUAUCAAUGUACGGAAUGUUCUUCAAAAUUUUACACAAAUGCUGGAUUAAAUAGACACUCGAAGAUUCAUUUUAUUAAACAAUUAUAUAAAUGUUCGUCGUGUGACAAAUAUUUUAAUGAUAAAAUCGAACUGCAAUCGCACUCUAAAAUUCAUGAGAUUCCAAUAUGGAAUGCAUCAGAAAUAAAUAGCACGACAGAAAAUUCAACGCUUUCAUCGGAAAUGCAACCAGUUGUAAAUGGUCAUUCAUCUUUGAAUAUCAUAAUAGAUACAGAUUCUGCAGUUUCGGAAAAAGUUCUGUUAGAUACGGUAGCAGAAAAAGAAGUAAUGGAUCGAGUGGAAAAUAUCUUGGUCGAGGAAAAGGAACGGAAGGAGUAUACGAAUAAGUGUAAAUAUUGUCCGAAAACAUUUCGCAAGCCAAGUGAUCUCAUAAGACAUACACGUACACACACAGGAGAACGACCGUACAAGUGCAAUUACUGUAAUAAAAGUUUCGCUGUAAAAUGUACUUUGGAUUCACAUACGAAAGUUCAUACUGGAAAAAAAACAUUUCGUUGUCACGUAUGCAACAGCUUAUUUGCGACUAAAGGUAGUUUGAAAGUUCAUAUGCGUUUACAUACAGGUUCAAAACCAUUUAAAUGCCCUAUUUGUGAUUCGAGAUUUCGAACUUCCGGUCAUAGAAAAGUGCAUUUAUUGAAACAUGCACGUGAAUACAAAGAUAAUCCAAAAAGGAAACAAAAACAUUUAAAAGUUACGGCUAUAGCCGAAGUGGCAGCUAAUCUUGAAAAAUGUGACAGAAAAGAGAAGGAGGUAAACAACUUUGAUACAAAGCAACAACUGUCACAGGAACAGCUUUCGCAAACAGGAUUAAUUUCCCAUUUGGAUGCAUAUAGUAUUGAAACAGCUGCUUCCUGUUUAUCCGAUCAAAUUAACUUCGACACGGAAGGUGUCGCGUCAAACAACAAUCAAACAAUUGUAUCGAUAAAUGAAAACAAUCAUUUAGUUACUAAUUUACAUUUUCUUUUAACAAAUGGUCUUGUUACCAUUCAAACCGAAGAAUCGUUACUUCCACAAUCGUCAAAUGACAAUUUGCAUCAUCGACCGACUAUAAUUUCCGAUGCUGAGUGUACAUUGACAACAUCUAGUCUAGCAUCCGAUACUAAUAAUGAAAAUACUAAUAAGAAUGAAAAUCAUAUAGAAUUAAUGUUAAAGACACCAUCGAGUAAUUGUCUUUUAACGGUACCAACGCUGACACCGCAGUUAGAUCAAUCAUUUUCAAAGAUGCCUGCGCAAAAGGCGUUGCCAACAGUAUCGGAUAAAGUAGCAAUUAAAGGGAAUUCAUCCAAGAAAGAAUGUGACAUUUGUGGGAAAACAUUUACAAAACCUUAUCAAGUGGAAAGACAUAAACGAAUUCAUACCGGUGAAAGGCCAUACAAGUGUGAUUUAUGUACAAAAUCAUUUGCUCAAAAAUCAACUUUACAGAUGCAUCAGAAACAUCAUACUGGUGAUCGUCCAUAUGCUUGCUCGUAUUGUGAAUAUUCCUUUACGCAAAAAGGCAAUCUUCGAACACAUGUGAAACGUGUUCAUCAAUUGGAUACUGUCGACACGAAGAAAUGGAAUCGCGUGCGUCAAUCUUUCUUACCCAAAACGUAUAAUCAAGAAAACACAAUCGAAACUAAGAAUUUAAAUCUAGAUAAUAUAUCGUUUGUUGAACUUCUUAAGGAAUGAUAUGCAACCGGUACAAAUUAUUAUUGAUUUACUUUUUCAUUAACUGUGACGACUUUGAUAAUUUCAGAAUGUCGAUGAAAUGAUAGAG